CUCAAUGCAGUCAAUGUUGACGUGUAUUGGAGGCAGCGAUUGAAUUGUCACCACUUAUCACAUCCGGACACCCAUUCAUCAGUACAUUACAUACCAAUUAUCACCCGUCAGACCACAGUUGGACACCACACGUGAUCGGCGACCAUGUCUUCGGCGGCCGACUCGAUAUGCUAUACGUUAAUCAACAGCGAGUCCGACGACAGUGUCAACGAAGUGACGCUGAGGAAUGAUUUAGAGAAGGGCGAACUCAAGACUAAGACGGAAGCGCUGAAGAAACUGAUUUAUAUGAUAUUGAAUGGCGAGAAGUUUCCGCCAAAUAUGUUGAUGACAGUCAUCCGCUAUUGUCUGCCAUCCAAUGAUCACCAAAUCAAGAAACUGUUGCUUAUAUUCUGGGAGAUCGUGCCGAAGAGGGGACCGGAUGGCAAACUGCUGCACGAAAUGAUCUUAGUUUGCGACGCCUAUCGCAAAGACCUGCAACACCCCAAUGAGUUCAUCAGGGGGUCGACCCUCCGGUUCCUCUGCAAACUCAAAGAGCCGGAACUGCUGGAGCCGCUGAUGCCGGCCAUACGCGUGUGUCUGGAGCACCGGCACUCCUACGUGCGUCGGAACGCCGUUUUGGCCAUCUUUAAGAUAUACGUGAACUUCGAGGCGCUGAUACCGGACGCGCCGGAACUUAUACUGGACUUCUUGAGCCGCGAGGCGGACGCCUCCUGCAAGCGGAACGCCUUCCUAAUGCUGAUCCACUUGGACCAGAAGAAGGCGUUGGAUUACCUCAACUCAUGUCUGGACCAAAUCGGCGGCUUCAACGACAUCCUGCAGCUGGUGAUCGUGGAACUCAUAUACAAGGUGUGCAUCGCUAACCCCAGCGAGAGGUCCCGAUUCAUACGCGCCAUCUAUAACCUGCUGAACACAUCGCAGUCAGCGUCGGUGCGCUACGAGGCGGCCGCCACUCUCAUUACACUAUCGCAGGCGCCGACAGCCCUGAGAGCAGCCGCCAACUGUUUCAUCGACAUCUGCCUCAAAGAGAGCGACAAUAACGUGAAGCUUAUAGUUUUGGACCGAUUGGUGGCGCUCAAGGAGUCGACCUCAGCGGCCGAACGUAUACUUCAGGACUCGCUGAUGGAUAUCCUGAGGAUUCUGAAUGUGGCCACAGAUCUGGAGGUGAAGCAGAAGAUUCUGAGCUUAGGUCUGGAUUUGGUUUCGUCGCGAAACGUGGAAGAGUUGGUGCAACUGUUGAAGAAGGAGAUCCUGAAGACGCAGAGCGAGUCUCAGGGCAGCGGCGAAGAGACCAACAAAUACCGACAACUACUCGUCGGUACCCUUCACUCGAUUUGCCUGAAAUACCCGGACGUGAUGGCGGCCGGCAAUCUGAUGCCGACGCUGUUCGAGCUGUUGAACAACGCGGACGACGAAAGUACCGCCAUUUUGGUGAUUGUCUUCACGCGAGAGUACAUUCAGAAGAAUUUGCCGCAAAAGAACGCCAUCGUUGGCCGCAUUCUGGAGGUGUUUCCCACCAUUCGUAACGUGAAAGUGCAUCGCGGGUUGAUCUGGAUUUUAGGCGAAUUCUGCGACGACAACGAGGACCAGAUCCAGGAGGCCAUGAGUGUCAUCCGCGCGGCCAUCGGCGACAUACCUAUCGUCGAGUCGGAGCUCAAGAAACUGGAGAACGGCGUCGACGGCGAGGAGACACCCGCCCCGCAGAGCACCGUUCACACGGCGACCGCCCCGUCGGCCAAACUGGUGACCGCCGACGGCUCGUACGCCACCCAAUCGGCGCUCAGCGUCAACGCGAAGGUGGAGAAGUCGGCUAAUAUACCGCCGCUGAGACAGUAUCUACUGAACGGCGAGUUCUUCAUCGGCACAGCGCUCGCUAAUUGUUUGGUGAAACUGGCGCUCCGUUACCGGCAAGUGGUGGGCGCCGGCAAACAGGCCAACACUUUCUUAGCCCAAUCGAUGCUCAUAUUGACAUCAGUUCUUCAUUUGGGAAAAUCCAAACUCAUUCAGCAGACCAUCAAUGAGGACGACUUCGAGCGCAUAGCCCUCUGUCUCAUGAUUUUGACGAACAUCUGUUCGCCGAACGGCGUGACUCCAGAAGUGGAACAGCUGUUGAAAGCGAUGUUUUUGUCGGAAAUGCGCCAAUCGUUGGACAGUAUGCUCGCCAGCAGUAAGUCGGACGCCGAGGAGGCGAAGAAUUCGGUGGCGAAGUCGCGGAAGAAUAAGUGCGUCGAGUCUGACGAUCACUUGCCGUUCACUCAACUGAUGAGCAAAAACUCGGAGACAAUGGAGAACCAGUUCGACGUGAGUCUGUCGCAGGCCAUCGCCGGCAACGUCGGCCCCACAGCCACCACAACGCUCGGCCAGAAGUCGGUGAACGUGUCGGACCUGUUGUCGGCGUCCAAGUUGUCGAAAGUGACACAACUGACCGGUUUCAGUGACCCCGUGUACGCCGAGUGCUAUGUGAACGUCAAUCAGUACGACAUAUGCCUCGACGUGUUGAUCGUCAACCAGAGCUCCGACACGUUGCAGAACUGUACGCUCGAGUUCACCACUUUGGGUGACCUGAAGCUCGUGGAGAAGCCGCAGCCCCUGGUGUUGGCGCCGCACGACUUCGCCAACAUUAAGGCCUCCGUGAAGGUGGCGUCCACUGAGAACGGCAUCAUUUUCGGGAACAUCGUGUACGACAUAUCGGGCUCGACCUCCGACCGCAAUGUAGUGGUGCUGAACGACAUCCACAUAGAUAUCAUGGAUUACAUAAUCCCCGCCUCUUGUAAUGACUCGCAGUUCAGGCAAAUGUGGGCUGAGUUCGAGUGGGAGAACAAAGUGACGGUCAAUACGGGGCUGACAGACCUCCAGGACUACCUGAACCACUUGAUUCAGUCGACAAACAUGAAGUGUCUGACCCCACAGAAAGCCCUGUCCGGCGACUGCGGCUUUUUGGCCGCCAAUCUCUACGCGAAGUCCAUCUUCGGUGAGGACGCGUUGGCCAAUGUGUCCAUCGAGAAGGCGUCCCCCGAGGCGUCCGUCAGCGGACACAUCAGGAUUCGCGCUAAGAGUCAGGGAAUGGCACUCAGUUUGGGCGAUAAGGUGAACGCCUCCCAAAAGGCCGCCAAACCAUCGUAAGGCUGUGUACGGGACGGGUGGUCGGGAUGUCGUCCUAACAUUAAUACGACUUUUUCUCGCUCUACGCCUAUGUUUUGGAUGUAUUUUUGA